CGACCAACUCUGUCUGGCUUCCUAGAGGAGAGGGAGGGAUGAGCAAGGGUCUCCGAGCGCGGCAGGACAUGGAGAAAGAGCGAGAGACUCUGCAGGCCUGGAAGGAGCGCGUGGGGCAGGAGCUGGACCGUGUAGUGGCGUUCUGGAUGGAGCACUCCCACGACCAGGAGCACGGGGGCUUCUUCACGUGCCUUGGCCGCGAGGGACGGGUGUAUGAUGACCUCAAGUACGUGUGGCUGCAGGGGAGGCAGGUGUGGAUGUAUUGUCGCCUGUACCGCACUUUCCAGCGCUUCCACCACUCUCAGCUUCUGAAUGCAGCAAAAGCAGGUGGUGAGUUCUUGCUGCGUUAUGCGCGGCUGGCACCUCCUGGCAAGAAGUGUGCCUUUGUGCUGACUCGGGACGGCCGUCCGGUCAAGGUGCAGCGGACCAUCUUCAGCGAGUGUUUCUACACCAUGGCCAUGAACGAGCUGUGGAGGGCCACAGGGGAAGUACGGUACCAGACGGAAGCCGUGGAGAUGAUGGAUCAGAUCGUCCACUGGGUGCGGGAGGACGCGUCGGGACUGGGCCGGCCCCAGCUCCAGGGGGCCCCGACUGCGGAGCCCAUGGCGGUGCCCAUGAUGCUGCUGAACCUGGUAGAGCAGCUUGGGGAGGCAGAUGAGGAGCUGGCAGGCAAAUACACAGAGCUGGGGGACUGGUGCGCCCAGAGGAUUCUGCAGCACGUGCAGGCCACGCACUGGAGGCCGGCUGGUUUCUGCUCCGUCAUUGCAUUCGGAAAGGCGACCCUGAACUUCGAGCCCACGUGGUUGACAAGUUCCUGUUGUUGCCCUUCCGCUCCGGAUGGGACCCUGACCAUGGAGGCCUCUUUUACUUCCAGGAUGCUGAUGACUUCUGCCCCACCCAGCUGGAGUGGGCCAUGAAGCUCUGGUGGCCACACAGCGAAGCCAUGAUUGCCUUCCUCAUGGGUUACAGUGAGAGUGGGGACCCUGUGCUGCUGCGCCUCUUCUACCAAGUGGCUGAGUACACCUUCCGCCAGUUUCGCGAUCCCGAGUACGGGGAAUGGUUUGGCUACCUGAGCCGAGAGGGCAAGGUGGCCCUCUCCAUCAAGGGAGGUCCUUUCAAAGGCUGCUUCCACGUGCCGCGGUGCCUA